GACAUACUUUCCUCAAUCCCUCUUUCUCUCUCUUCUCUGAUUGAAGAAGAUUAAUAAGAAAGCCCUAGAAAUUUUCUUCAAUCAAAUCAGAAUUCAAAUCCCACAAUCAUCAUCAUCGUAAAUUGAAUCCGAAUUUCCGAAUCGUUUUACACCUGAUUCGAAGAUUCAGGAACAAAUUCCAUCUCAGUUGUAUCCGAAUUCAUUUUUUUUUUCAAAACCUAGAUCUAAAUUUUUUGAAUUUGUAAAUCUUUGAUCAGGAUUGAGAUUUGAUCAUAACCCUUUACGAUUCGAUCAAAACCCAUUAAAAGCCCUAAAGAAAUUUUGUAUGGGUAUGGGUAGGGUUUGUAAAGUAAAUUCUAUUCCCUCUUCUUCUGGCGGUUCAUCUUCUUCGAAUCCUUCUACUCCGUCUCUUACAACAUCGACAUCUUUGACGGAGACGGUAAAUGGAUCUCAUCAAUUCAAGAUCACGGGUUAUUCGUUAUCAAAAGGUUUAGGGAUUGGGAAAUAUAUAGCUUCGGAUACAUUUAACGUUGGUGGGUAUGCAUGGGCGAUAUAUUUCUAUCCAGAUGGAAAAAGUCUUGAAGAUAAUGCUGGUUAUGUUUCUUUAUUCAUAGCUCUCGCUAGUGAAGGUACAGAUGUUAGGGCUCUUUUUGAAUUAACACUAUUGGAUCAGAGUGGGAAAGAAAGGCAUAAGGUUCAUAGUCACUUUGGGAGAACUCUUGAGAGUGGUCCUUAUACGCUUAAAUACCGUGGUAGCAUGUGGGGAUAUAAACGGUUUUUUAAAAGAACUUCACUGGAGACGUCAGACUACCUUAAAGAUGAUUGUCUUUCAGUCCACUGUAGCGUUGGCGUAGUCAAGUCUCAUACAGAGGGACCCAAGAUAUAUUCCAUACCAGUACCUCCUUCUGAUAUUGGCCAGCACUUUGGGAAGCUUUUGGAAAGUGGCAAGGGUACAGAUGUGAAUUUUGUAGUAGAUGAGGAGACAUUUGCUGCACAUAAAUUAGUGCUCGCAGCUAGGUCACCUGUGUUCCGUGCACAACUUUUUGGUCCAAUGAAAGAUCAGAACACGCAGUGUAUAAAGAUUGAGGAUAUGGAGGCUCCAGUUUUUAAGGCGCUACUCCAUUAUAUAUACUGGGAUGCUCUACCCGACAUGCAGGAGUUAACUGGUUUGACUACUAAGUGGGCAUCAACUCUGAUGGCACAGCAUCUGCUUGCUGCAGCAGACAGAUAUGGUCUUGAGAGGCUAAGGUUGCUAUGUGAAUCUAAGCUCUGUGAUGAUGUAGCAAUAAACACAGUCGCUACUACGUUGGCAUUGGCUGAGCAGCACCAUUGCUUCCCACUAAAGUCGGUUUGUCUCAAAUUCGUGGCGAUGCCUGAUAACUUGAGAGCUGUAAUGCAAACAGAUGGGUUUGAAUACUUGAAGGAGAGUUGCCCCGCUGUGCUGACAGAGCUCUUGGAGUACGUUGCUAGAGUUGGCGAACAUUCAGUUGCUAUAUGCCGUCAUGAAACCAUGCUUGAUGGAAGUGAUGUCAACGGGAGGCGUGUGAAGCAGAGAAUAUAAGCGCACGACAUUAACAGCUUCGAUACUGCCUGUAGUGUAUCAUCAGGGAUAAAACUAGAAAUGAAAAAACCCAGAAAACCAGCCAUCUAGGUUAAGUAAGAUUUGUUCUAUUAAUGAUAUCUCACUCACCUUUUUCUCUCUGUAAGAGAUGUAAAUUUGUCUUCCAUCCGGUGUCCAUGAAUAUCUUUUGUAAUGUGUCGGUUCUUAUUUUUAGUCUGCUUUUUCUUUCAAGAUGACUGCCCUUUAGUAUUGUUUAAUUCUAAAAUCUUAGGUGAUCUGCCUUAGUUUGUUGUACAUUUUAACUUGCAGUUACAAGUUGUAAAUGCGAAAACUUCAUCAAUCCAUUGUAGCAAUUUAGUUGACUGUUA